UCAAGUGGAUCCAAAGGACCAAAUCGAAGCAUUUCGUUUCUCUUCUUCAGGAACUCCCGUUUCUUCGAGCUUCUUAGCAGUUUGCGCAUCUCCCUCAUCCUCGAUCUGUCCGCGGACUGUUCUGAUCGAUCUUUCUCGCGCUGCAUCCGUUUCAUCGUAAUCCCUAGGGUUCUGGUCUACGGGUGCUGGUUUAUUGUCUGUUUUCUUCCUGGAUCCUGGAUGGUGCUGGAUCUGGAUGGAUGUUUAGUGUCUUCGUCCCGAAUCUGAGUGUGCCCAGUGCCGAUCAAGGUUUUAUUCAGCAGAGGAGUCGUUUCUGCACAACGAGGGAUCUGGAGUAAGCAACCAUGUUUUGGAGGGAAAGGGAGAGGGACGCUACUAGGUUCAGGGAGCAAAACGGCGGCCCUCCUUGUGGCCAGGUCCGCGUCCUCGUCGUCGGCGAUGCAGGUGUUGGAAAAACAUCCCUGGUACACCUAAUUCUGCAAGGUUCUUCCAUUUCUAAACCUUCUCAAACAGUUGGAUGUGCAGUAGGUGUGAAGCAUAUUACUUAUGGAGCUUCAAGCAGCUCUUCGAGUAACAUAAAAGGUGAUGCACAAAGAGACUUCUUUGUUGAGCUUUGGGAUGUCUCAGGGCAUGAACGCUAUAAGGAUUGUAGAUCUCUUUUUUAUACACAAGUUAAUGGUGUUAUAUUUGUCCAUGAUCUCUCCCAGAGAAGGACAAAGACCAACUUGCAAAAGUGGGCUGUUGAGAUUGCAACAACCGGUACAUUUUCAGCUCCUCUGGGAUCUGGUGGUCCUGGAGGUCUUCCUGUUCCUUAUUUAGUUAUUGGUAACAAAACUGAUAUUGCUGCAAAAGAGGGCACAAGGAUAAGCAGUGGGAAUCUUGUUGAUGUUGCUCGCCUGUGGGUUGAGAAACAUGGCCUGCUUCCUUCAAGUGAAGAACUUCCCUUGACAGAGAGCUUUCCAGGCUCUAGUCUUUUGGCUGCUGCUAAAGAAGCCAAAUAUGACAAGGAAGCUGUGAUUAAGUUUUUCCGCAUGUUGAUUCGAAGAAGAUAUUUCUCAGAUGAACUUCCAGGACCUAGUUCAUGGUCUAUAAGCCCAUUGCAAAACACCAUUCACCGUGCAGAUGAAAAUGCUAGUAAUGAUGACCGUUUGCAUCGAAGAUUGAGCAUAAGCGGGGAAGCUUCCGCGCAUAGCGCUCUUCCAGUUCCACCACUUCCUGCUCAGCAUAACCUUACUCCGCCACGAACACACUACCCUCAGCAACCAGUGUCGGGGCCCGAGAGUUACAGCUUCCAGAGAUAUUCUGCUUAUGGUUUACCUGAAAGUAGCCGCACCCAAUCAAAUAGGGCCGAUAUUAAUGUUUGAUAUUUUGGUUGAUCAUAGUGUUUGUUUAUCGCCAUAUUAUUUGUGAUCAAGUUCUGUUUGUAAAGUUCUUGUCUAUGUGGAAUGUGGAACUUUCCGUGGAAUGUUUUAUGAUACUCGGGUGUGGCAUUUCAGCAGCA